AUACAAGAAAUGUAUAUCCUAAACGGAAGUAAUUUUCUUUGUUGUAAGAGGGCGCUUUGUGUGACGUCAUUAUCGUCCUCGUGCAAGAUGGCCGACAACAAGUUAUAUGAUCUCCUUGGUGUUAGCCGCAAUGCCAACGAUACUGAAUUAAAAAAGGCUUAUCGUAAACUAGCUAAAGAAUAUCAUCCAGACAAAAACCCAGAUGCUGGUGAAAAGUUCAAGGAGAUAAGUUUUGCCUAUGAAGUUUUAUCCAAUCCAGACAAAAGAGAAAUAUAUGAUAGACAUGGUCUUGAUGGUAUCAAGGAGGGUGGGGCUGGACCAGGUGGCGGCUUUGGUGGUGCCAGCAUGUUUGAAGAUUUAUUUGGGGGUUUCUUUGGUUUUCCUGGAGGCGUCAGUAUGGGUGGAAGUAGAGGAAGAAGAAAAGGAGAAGAUACCUUACAUCCAUUGAGAGUCUCCCUGGAAGAUCUUUAUAAUGGCAAAACAUCUAAACUCCAACUUAGUAAAACUAUUAUCUGUAAAAAAUGUAAUGGAAUGGGUGGUAAAAGUGGAGCAAGUAUGCGAUGCAAGAAAUGUAAUGGUCGUGGUGUGCAAAUACAGCUUCGACAGUUAGGCCCAGGAAUGGUACAGCAGCUACAGAGUAUAUGUUCAGAAUGUCAUGGUGAAGGUGAAGUGAUAAAAGAAAAAGAUAGAUGUGCUGAAUGCAAAGGUAAAAAAGUUUGCAAUGAGACCAAGAUCCUUGAAGUGCAUGUAGACAAAGGAAUGAGGGACGGACAAAAAAUACCAUUCAGGGGAGAAGGAGACCAGCAGCCUGGGGUGGAACCUGGUGAUGUCAUCAUUGUCCUCCAGUUAAAGGAACAUGAAAUCUUCACAAGGAAAGACGCAGACCUUAUUAUGGAACACAAUGUGUCUUUGACUGAAGCACUUUGUGGUUUCCAAUUUGUAAUCAAACACUUAGAUGGCAGAGAUUUACUUAUACACAAUAAACCAGGGGAGGUUAUAUCACCUGGUAAAUUGAAGAUGGUUGCUGGUGAAGGCAUGCCCAUGUAUAGGAAUCCUUUUGAAAAGGGUGAUUUGUAUAUAAACUUUAAUGUCACUUUCCCAGCGAAUAAUUUUGCUUCUGAAGAACAAUUAAAGGUUCUGGAAACGUUUCUUCCAGCCCGUCCUCGCACAGAAAUUCCCAGUGGUGAGAAUGUAGAGGAAGUCAAUCUAGUUGAGUUUGAUGGUAGUAAAAGCCACGAUGCUCUUCAUGGUGCCAGGUCUGAAGCAUACCAUGAUGAUGAUGAAGAUGAUGGUGGCCAUGGACAUCCACGCAUGCAAUGUCAACAUCAAUAGUGUUAGGCAUUGAAACAAAUAGUACAUGUGUAUUUUUUUUUCUGUCAAUUAAAGGAUAACAUAAUUCUUUUUUUUUUUUUUUUUUUUUUUUUUUUUUUACAAAUUCCCAGUAGUGUUUUUGAGAAGUAUGACAUUCAUCAUUUUAUUAAGGAAUUUGAAGCUGGCAACCUCUCCUUUCUUUUCUUUGUGUUUAAAUUAUUUGCUCAGAGUUUAGAUUUUUUAAAAACCUUUGUCUGAAAAUGUAUGAAUGUUAAGUCUUAAGUUUGUAUUUUAACCUAAUUGCUUGUUCUGUAAGAAUUGAGUUAAUCAUUCUAAGCUCAUCUCCCAACCAUGUUAAAAAUAAAACUCUGAGUCAUUGGGUUCUUCCAUUAUAAACUUUGUGUGGCUCAUUAAGUUCACACAGUAAGGCAGUGUGAAUAGGAACUCAUUGAUUUCUGAGCAUCAUAGAGUUCAAUUUGUAUGUUCUCCUAGACUGCACUUUAAUUUGAUAGCUGUUAGGCCAUUCCAAACCAACAAUAUCUUAAGUAAUUGUAACCUUAAGAACUAUUAAUUGUUAAUAUUUGUGUAUGUGUGGACCAGAUUCUUAUUGGAUGAAAGGCUUGGUGAGUCAUUAAACCUAGUGUGUAUCUAUUCUGUGCUCUGUGGGACAAGAUUGACCUAUGUGAUAUACAGACAUACAACACAUGAAACCUCCAUGAGGAAACAAAAUUUUACAUAUAGAUAGUAGUCACUUUUUUCCCCCUGGUUACUUUGUGAAGUCAACAUUUGAAGGUUGAGGUCAUAUGCUUCCCCAGAUUGUGUGUUUGUAGACUGGUAAUGAACAACAUUUUUUUAUUCAUUCCUUUGUGUAUUAAAAUUCAUUAAACGUCAAUAUUGAAUAUAGAAACACAAAACCAAUUAAUGUCUUAAGUUAUUUUAAAUGACUUAUUUGCAUGACUGUUGAUUUGGCUGUGAUUAGAUUAUUUGUACAAGAAACACUAAUAGUCUUCAAUAAAAACAAAAUGUUGCUGAUACCUGACAUUUCAGCAGUUCUUUUAA